AUGAGCAUUCAAAAUGUGGUAGACUUAACAAGCGAGAAGUGCGACCUUUUGGCCAUGUCUUUGAAGCUCCAGACAACGGAGAAUGUCUUGAAAAGAAGCUAUCACUUUCAGCAACUAACACAACAGCACCAAGAACCUCAACCAUUUGUACAAAAACGUAGAAAAUUAAAUGAAUGUAGUUUCCAGUUACAAGAUAUCUCGCCGCAGCAAUCGAUCCAACAACAACAAAGCAUAGACAUGCAAGAGAAGCUACGGCCUCAAAAUUCUGUUGUCUCGCUUUCCACCUGUCAUGUUCCACCGCAUUUCGGGCGUCGGUCUUGUAGAAGUUCUAAAACUUUGCAAGAUAAACCUUUACAAAAUUCAAAAUCCUGUUCAAACCCUUCUCAAUCUGAAAUUCCUGAUAAGACAUUACAAUUGGCUGGCUCAGCUACAACAAUGUCUUUUUUAGAUAAGUCUUCUGGGUUUAAUUUGACUCAAGAUAAAAUCAUCAACGAUUCUUCGAAAUGCGUCGACAAGGUGUCAGAUAAGACAUGCAUGGUUACCACUGACCUUAACAAUGCUCGAUUGGUUCCUGUCAAUACGACCAAUACAGUUCAUGAUUCUUCAACGCUUACCAAUCAUCCUGAUGCUCCAGAAAACGUUAAUCAAGAAUUUUCUAUUCUCAAUAAAAUUCCAUCUUUGAUAAGUGAAAAACACAGAAAGGCUGCUUUUGUUGAAAAUCUAGUCGACACUGCUGGCCUUAUCAUGGAGGUUAUUUGGGCAAAUUUCUCCAUUAGCCCUAAUACGAAAGUUAUUACUUUACGCGUGUUUCUUCAAGAAACUUUGCGACGUUCUCGUACCUCCUAUUCAACACUUCAAACAGCAUUAUUCUAUUUAUUUAGAAUUAAACAUAAAAUCGCAUUCUUAUCCCAACGUUCCGAACUGCCUCCUACACCAACUUCCGAACAUCCUCCCGAUGUGAUCCAAAAUUCAUGUCAAAAUAAUGAUCCUGCAACCUGUGGUCGGCGCAUGUUUUUAGCUGCUCUGAUUGUUGCAUCAAAAUAUCUUCAAGAUCGCAAUUAUUCCAACCGUGCUUGGUCUAAAAUAUCUGGUCUUUCUGUUAAAGAAAUUAACGCAAACGAAGUUUGCUUUCUCAAGCUUAUUGAUUAUAACCUUUUUAUAGCAGAGGACAUUUUUAAACGUUGGAGUUCUCUUUUGUUGACGCAUAUUCAAGCCAUUUCAGGACCAGAUAUAUCAAAUCCGGAGGCAUUUAGGAAUGCUGAAAAUCAGAGUGAGGUCUCUAGAUUUCGUGAAACUUUAAGAUUAAUGGACCCAAAGACCAUGGAAUAUAAAAGUCCCCCCGGUUUUGGAAUUUAUCCCAUCACUCCUGCAGUGAGUGCUCCGGGAUCACCACGCGAAUAA